AUGAUAAUUACAAAUGCGGGUUUAUUGGUUUUAUACUUUUUAGGUAAACUUGUCUUGAAUAUUUUUGUUGGAAGGUUAAGAGAUAUAGAAUUAGAAGAAAUCAUUGAUCAGGGGCGUAUGUUCCUAUUAGAUACUAUCUUUUUCUUGUUAUUUAGUAGUCCGACAGUAGACAAUGUGGAGGUUGGAGCAAUGGUUCUCUCUAGAUACAUCACUCUCGUUUUGGUUUUAAAGCUUCUACAUUUAAUUUCUCAUAUUCGAAUUAACCACAUGUUUGAGUUAGACAGACCAAAAACCAUUACAAUUAUUAGGAUGGCGGCUUUACUUAACAUUCUCUUGGUUAUUGAUGUAAGUUUGGUUUUCAAGUAUUAUGGACUAUUAUCCAGAGACUCUACUCUAAGACUCUGGGUCUUUUUCGAGAGUGUUUCUUUGUUUGUUUCAUGUAGCACUUCAAUUGGCAAAUACCUUGUGCAUAUUGUAGAUUUGAAACUCCAGGCUAUCCAGUUAGCAAUUAGACAGGAAGAAGAUGAAGCAAUUGAACAAGGAAAUACAAAUCCCCCGGGAAUGCAAGCUCAUAACUUCGUCUGGUCAAAUAAGAACGCUAUAUUGUUUUAUAUGGAGGUAUUUGGAGAUAUGUGCUCUCUCUUUACUUAUCUACUUUUCAUCAUUCUUUUUCUAGUCCUAAAUCCUUCCAGGAUUCCACUAUAUAUUAUGGGAGAUAUAUUCCACGUCUUGAAGGCUUUAUACAGUAAGCUAUCAUCAUUCAGGAGAUAUAGAAAACUUACCAAAAAUAUUGAAAACAGACUUCAAGAAGCCACAAUUGAAGAAAUUGAGAGAAUUGACACUUGCAUAGUUUGCAGAGAUAUCCUGUACAUUGGCUCAAAAAAAAUUCCUUGUGGGCAUGUGUUCCACUUGGAUUGCCUCAAGUCUUGGUUUAUACAGCAACAAACUUGCCCGAUUUGUAGGUCUCCCAUAACUAUUCAAGAUGAAGAGGCUGAAUCCUCAACUUUUGCAACAGGAGAAGAUAGCAACCCCCCUGAAGUAUCUGAAAAUCAUCUUGAGGCCAAUGGUAAUGCUGUUUAUGAUCCAGUAUCAUCGAAUCAAGCAGGUACAACUUUAAAUCCUGAUUCAGUUACUGCUUUGGGAUCUUCUUCAUUGCCUAACUCAAGUGGAACCAGAAGCUCCGCCACUUUGGCCUAUUCUAGCUCAGGUGAAGAAAACUCCAGAAGUGUUAAGAGAAUCUUAAAAAAUUGGUUAACAAGUGAACGUAGAACUACAGUUAUUGAAGAACCAAUAUCAAAAAAGGUCGCGAAGCAUUUUGAAGGAACUAAAUUUAAAAUAUCAAAUCAUCAUUUGUUUAAAAGAAAGUGUGGCAUUUCAACUCCAAAUAUUUCAAAAGCUGCAAAUAGAGUAGGAGAUUAUACAAAUAGUCUCCCUCCACAGAUACUUGCAUUACAGCCUCAAGUUUUGCUAGAAUUAAAUAGAGCUUUAAACCAAGGGACGUUUAGAAAUGAAUAUGAAAGCCAAGAGUUUUCUGAAAUUAUGAGCGAAAUGUACAAAAGAAAUGCUGAUAUUUGGUUGAAUAGGAUUAAUGAACUUAUAAAUACUAAAAGUCCAAAUUUUAUCCAAUAUUUAAUGUCUUGUGAGCAAAAGGGUAACAAUCACACAAAAGGGGAGAGUUUGUCCAAUAUCUAUGAAAGUAGGAGCUGUCGGGCAGACCCCUUGAGAAACUUAAUGGAUGCUGUUAAUAAUCAGCUUAAAGAAACUAAUUUAAAUAGUAAGAAGUAA